GUAUAAGCUUCAAGUGCGAGUGAUGGAUGGCACCGGGUUUAUUUCUCUAUUGCUUUGGGAUCGUGAAGCAACGAAGCUCAUUGGGAAGUCUGCGACUCAAUUAAAAGGACAAUUGGAUGAGACAGCUGAUGCCACUGAUGAUACCGAGUAUCCAUUGGAGCUCGAUACAAUUCUUGACAAAAUAGCCCCGUUUAAAGUGGUUGUUAAGAGCGAGAACAUUGAGGAGCAUAAGGAAGUUUAUACUGUUAUUAAGAUUAGCGAUGAUGCGGAUCUUAUAAAACAGUUUCGUCGUUCUCUGUGUGAAGAUACAUUCACAGAUUCAGAUUUCAACUCUAAACAGGUCGCAGAUGAAGAUAAAGAGAUCACGGAUUCCAAUCCUGAUAAUGACAUUAUUACUCCUUCAAAUACCCCAGCCAAGAGAAGUGUGUCGGAGAUUGAAUCGUCUGUCGUAGAAGUUGAUGAUGACCCCAGUACACAACUCUCAAGCAAUAAGGCCAACAGACCCAUUGAAAAGGAGAAACUUGCAUGAGUUGUUGCAUCUAAGAGGCUUGAAGUUUUCAGUGAAACCAGUUAUUUGGUUCCAAUGCUUGAUUUUGGAUUAGCUUUUAAUUUUUAUUUCUGGGAAUUAGUUUUGUUAUGAACAUGAAGCUUUCAGUGAAACCAGUUAUUCCAAUGCUUGAUUAUUAUGGAUUAGCUUUUAAUUUUUAUUUUUGGGAAUUAGUUUUGUUUUGAACAUGAUGUUUUCAAUGAGACCAAUUAUUUGGUUCUGAAGAUUCAUUAUUAUGAAAGCU